CUUCAAAAAUAAAAAGGGAAAAACUUGCGCUUCCUGUGCACUCUUCAACUCAGUCCAUAUUGAUUGCGAGAAGGGGUCCUUUGCUGAAAAAGGUUGAGAAAUGGGGCCGAGAUUUGAACCGAGAUCCUUAAGCAAUGAAAGAGCUUCAACUGCCACAUUGCCAAGGAGUAGAAGUUAUUUGAAGGAUAUCGAAACUCUUUACUAUUUAAUAUUUUUAAUAGUUUAGUAUAAGCUAUAUUUUUCGGGGCCCUCCCCGGGCCAAAAAAUUGGAGCCCCAAAGCGAUUGCUUCUUUGGCUUCCCCUCUAAGCUGGUUCUGUCAAUUUGGUUUGGUAAAUAGUAGUGCAUGUAUGGUACUCGUCACUUCCACGAAGGGUAUUGCCCCGUCACAUCGCACCCCAAUAAAUAGAACCCUAUCGCAGCUAUGUUGGGGCCGAAGCUAAAGUAGCGUUAGAAGUAUGUUUAACCCAAUAAGGAGCUAUGGGACUCCAACGACCUUGUCAAAUUAGAUUACGAGUUUCCACCACUAGACCAACACCUCAUUUGGUGGGUAAGAAAAUACUUAAGCUGUUUGAUAGAGUCUAUCAGCACGUUUGGAGGCACCAGAAGAAUUGGAGUUCACCAAAAUGGAUCCUGAUAUUCAUGAGAAUCUAUUGACGAAUGGUAAAGUACGAAAGGGUGUUCCUAGUGAGGAAAAGCUGAAGGACAGGUUAUGGAGUGAGACCAAGAAAAUGUGGGUGGUGGCUGGUCCGGCUAUAUUCACUAGAUGUUCAACCUUCGGUAUUACUGUCAUUAGCCAUGCAUUUGUUGGGCACAUUGGAGCUACAGAGCUUGCUGGAUAUACUCUUGUUUCAACUGUCUUCCUGAGGUUUGCUAAUGGUAUCCUGUUGGGAAUGGCUAGUGGGUUAGAGACUCUAUGUGGGCAAGCAUAUGGUGCAAAUCAACGCCACAUGCUAGGCGUGUAUCUUCAAAGGUCUUGGAUUGUCCUAUUCACCUGCAUGAUUUUCCUUGUCCCUUUGUUCUGCUUGACCACUCCAAUUUUGAAAGCUUUAGGCCAGGAUGAAGCCAUUGUAGAAGAGGCAGGCAUAAUUGCUCUCUGGUUUAUCCCUGCGGUGUUCUCCUUCAUUCCAUCCUACACCUGCCAGAUGUUCCUACAGACUCAGAGCAAGAACAUGAUUAUUUCAUACUUGGCAUUUUGUUCGCUUUCAAUCCAUAUCUUUCUCUCAUGGCUUUUGACAGUGAGAUACAAAUUUGGUAUUCUUGGGGCCAUUAUAUCUACCAUUUUAGCAUAUUGGCUUCCUAAUAUGGGCCAGCUUUCCUUUGUUAUGUGUGGAGGGUGCCGAGACACGUGGAAGGGUUUCUCAUUCUUGGCUUUCAAGGAUCUGUGGCCAGUCAUCAAGCUUUCUUUAUCAUCUGGUGCCAUGCUUUGUCUGGAACUAUGGUACAACACAAUCCUGAUUCUUCUAACAGGAAACAUGGAGAAUGCUGAGGUUGAAAUAGAUGCUCUCUCUAUUUGCCUCAAUAUUAAUGGUUGGGAAAUGAUGUUAGGUUUUGGUUUCUUGGCUGCAGCUAGCGUACGGGUCUCAAAUGAACUUGGAAGAGGGAACUCAAAAGCUGCAAAAUUCUCAAUCGUGAACAUAGUGCUAACAUCGUUUGCCAUCGGAAUCACGUUAUUCAUUUUCUUCCUGUUCUUUCGGGGCCGCCUAGCUUACAUAUUCACAGAUAGCAGUGAGGUAGCUGCUGCAGUUGCAGAUUUAUCGCCUCUUUUGGCAUGCUCCAUUCUUAUGAACUGUGUUCAGCCUGUUCUUUCUGGUGUUGCUGUUGGGGCUGGCUGGCAGAGCAUUGUCGCAUAUGUUAACAUUGCUUGCUAUUACCUAGUAGGGGUUCCAGUGGGAGUAGUGCUCGGUUAUGUGUUCCAUAUGCAAGUCAAAGGUGUUUGGAUUGGUAUGUUGUUUGGCACAUUCGUUCAAACCAUUGUGCUCAUCAUAAUCACUUGCAAAACUGAUUGGGAUAAUCAGGUAUCCAUAGCUCGUAAACGAGUUAACAGGUGGUUUGUGGAAGCUGAGGAACCCAGUGAUAAUCAACAAGGUGUUUGAGAUGAUAUUUUCAUUCUUUUGCAUUAAAGCCCAAGAUGUGGGUUGCAACUUCCUAGUAGGUAAUGUUCAUAGGCCCCAUUGUUGUAACAUCGAGAUACGAUCUGGAUGAAUGGACUCAGUAUCUACCGGAUUUGGGAUCACUUAUUCAUCAAGACUGUUUGUUUUGGUGUAAGACAUUUUGUUGUUUGAUUUAUGUGAAAUCAUUUCGCGUAAA